GGCUACAGUAUGAUAUUACAGCAGUACAACAUUUAGCCACUUUUUGAGUGAUAUCUGGGACUUUGAAAGCAGCAAAGUUCUAUAGAAAUGUGUAUUUCUCCCAGGAAAUGUCUGUAGAAUGGACAGUAGAAAAGACCUUCACAGAUAUUGAUAAGAUGUUGCAGUAUUAAACCCUGAUCCACUGUGGACCUCCCUGAUCUGAAACCUGCCUGAUCAUCUGCAAGGGUAUUUCCAGCGUGGAGCCAAUCCUGUAGUUUUUCUAACAGAUGGCAUGCAUACAACAUACUGGGGAUACCCAGAAGACUUAAAAGAGAUCUUAACAAUGGCUACUACCCAGUCUAUCUUCAUAUUUGCACUUUGCAUUUUAAUGAUAACAGAACUAAUACUGGCUGAAGAGAAUUAUUAUGACAUUCUUGGUGUCCCCAAAACUGCAACUGAUCGGCAAAUCAAGAAGGCAUUUCACAAACUAGCAAUGAAAUACCACCCGGACAAAAAUAAGAGUCCGGGGGCAGAAGCAAAGUUCCGAGAAAUUGCAGAAGCAUAUGAAACACUGUCGGAUGAAAAUAGACGUAGAGAGUAUGACCAAUUUGGCCAUGCUGAAGGACGAAGAAGCAGUGGAAACAACUUCCAGCAGUCAUUUAACUUCAAUUUUGAUGACUUGUUUAAAGACUUUGAUUUCUUUGGCCAAACCCACAAUACACAGUCAAAGAAACAUUUUGAUAAUCACUUCCACAGUCAUCAGAAUGUACACAACAGGCAGAGACGUUCUUUCCCAGAAUUUUCCUUUGGAGGUGGACUGUUUGAUGACAUGUUUGAAGACAUGGAAAAAAUGUUUUCCUUCAAUGGCUUUGACAACACACAUCAAAAAACAAUGAGAACUGGAGGCAAAUUCCAUGGGUCUAGUAAGCACUGCAGAACUGUCACUCAGCGUCGAGGAAACAUGGUUACCACAUUUACAGACUGUUCUGGUCAAUAAUACUUUGCAUUUUUAAACCCAUUAUCCUGUCUUUAAUUACCAUUUGUUUCUAUCCUCUGCUGCAGAAAAAGUUUCUUUGAACUCCACAAAGUGUAUUAGCUUAAUCACUUUAACCGCUGGAAGCAAGCGAUAGCUAAACUGAUAAAUUAUUUUACUAAAGCAAGGUGGAAACAUUUUCCACCAGCUAUAUAGAGUGUUCAUGUGGGGAUAAAAUCUCCAUGUGGCAAUGCCAGAUUCUGUUUUUAAUAACAUAGAAGAGAAAUUACCAGAUUACCUCACUAUUAUGCUUAUACUUUGCACAUGAAGUGUUGAGUUGGCGGCACACUAUUCAUUAUUGUCAGGUUCCUAGUUUUAUAAAGUGUUAACCUAU